AUGGACGCCCAUUCGAAGUGGGUUGAGGUGUUUGUCAUGAGAACAACAACAAGUGAAAAGACGGUAAAGAAAUUGCGAGGUGUUUUUGCGGCCUACGGACUACCAGAGGAGAUCGUGACCGACAACGGGCCCCAAUUCACAUCGCAGCACUUCGGAACAUUCCUGAGCAGGAAUGGAAUUCAUCAUUCCAAAUCUCCUCCCUAUCACCCAGUUUCGAAUGGUAGCGCCGAACGGUGCGUUCAGACCGUCAAGAAGGACUUGUUUAAACAGAUACUAUACGAAGAAAGAAAAGGAGACAAGAAGUCCAUACAACAUCGCAUAGACCAAUUUCUCUUCAGUUAUCGCAACACCCCGUCCAGCACCACUGGUGAGACCCCGGCCCAGAUCUUCUUGUCGUGGCAGCCAAGAACCAGGCUGAGUCUGCUGCACCCGGAAAUGGAACAGCGCAUGUGCGAAAAGGGGGAGCAGGCGAAGCUCCACGCAGACCAGAAACGAGGGCCAUGGAGAGACUUUUGGGAAGGCGACCAGGUUUUGGUAAAAGGACUCCGCCCGGACGACGACAAAUGGCUGUUGGGUACAAUUGCUCAGCGGUGCAGCGCAUGCACGUACAUUGUCCGCGUCGGAGACGAGGACCGAUACGUUCACGCUGAUAACCUGCGACUGCGUACAUUUCAGGAGAACCGGAGGUGGCUUAAGGCGGCGGGAACAGUACUGGACGGGCCGAGAGUGGAAAACAAGGGUCCCCUCUUCAGGGACACUAGAGAGCACACCUCGGCCAGCACGCCUACUCGGCUCAACGAUCAGGACCAACCAGCAUCGAACUUGACGUCACCAGCAGAUGAAUCGGCAGGGCCUUCUACCGAGCCGUCUCCGGGCUUUCUACACGACAGCGGCCCGACGCUCGACAGUGGUCCCCAUAACGGCGACCCCUCGGGACAAUCAACACCGCAUCUUCGACGUUUUACCCGGUUGAGGCGACCGCCAGACCGUUACGUGCCGUGA